AUGACCGAGCAAGUUACCGGAGCUAUCAAACACGCAGUCAUGGGACACCGAAGCGAUAAGAUCGAUCAGCUCAAGGCCAACAUUGUUGAGCCCAGCGAGGACACUCGAAUUACCUCCGAUUAUGGAGUGAAGCAGAACAACACCGAUCACUGGCUGCGUGUGAACAGCGAGGAUCAGACGGGAGCCAGUCUCCUCGAGGACGCUUUUGGACGUGAGAAGAUUCAUCGUUUCGACCACGAACGUAUUCCCGAGCGUGUUGUCCAUGCCCGCGGUGCUGGUGCCCACGGCACAUUCAAGCUAUUCGAAUCCGCAGAAGAUGUCACCAAAGCCGGCGUAUUUACCGAUACAUCCAGAGAAACUCCAGUAUUUGUUCGAUUCUCGACUGUUUUGGGAAGCCGCGGCUCCGCUGAUACCGUUCGUGAUGUCCGUGGGUUUGCGGUGAAAUUCUACACCCAAGAAGGGAACAACAUACCUGUUUUCUUCAUUCAGGAUGCCAUGAAGUUUCCCGACAUGGUCCACGCUGGCAAACCCGAGCCGCACAACGAGGUACCUCAAGCGCAAUCUGCACACAACAACUUCUGGGAUUUCGUGUGGGGACACUCGGAGGCAACUCACAUGUACAUGUGGGCCAUGUCUGACCGCACAAUUCCCCGAUCCUACCGCAUGAUGCAAGGUUUCGGCGUCAACACCUACACUCUCAUCAACGACAAGGGCGAGCGCCGAUUCGUCAAGUUCCAUUUCACACCUGAGCUCGGAGUCCACUCCCUUGUUUGGGAUGAAGCUCUGAAGCUCGCUGGCCAGGACCCGGACUUCCACCGCAAGGAUCUUCAGGAGGCCAUCGAAAACGGCGCGUACCCAAAAUGGAAGUUCGGCAUCCAGGUGUUGGAAGAAUCUCAAGAGCAUGACUUUGACUUCGAUAUUCUCGACGCUACUAAGGUCUGGCCGGAAGACCAGAUCCCCGUCCGCUACAUCGGAGAACUCGAGCUCAACCGAGUUGUUGAUGAGUACUUCACCGAGACUGAGCAGGUCGCUUUCUGCACUAGCCAUCUCGUACCUGGUGUUGGCCCAUCAGAUGAUCCUCUUCUUCAGGGUAGGAACUUCUCUUACCAGGACACGCAGCUCAGCCGGCUUGGUAUCAACUGGGAAGAGCUACCUAUCAACAAACCCGUUUGCCCGGUCAUGAACUUUAACCGAGAUGGUGCCAUGCGACACACUAUUUCCAAGGGCAAGGUCAAUUACUGGCCUAACCGAUACGGCCACCAGCCCGCUGCUACCGUCCAGGAGGGUGCCUACGUUGACUACCAGCAAAAGAUUGCCGGUAUCAAGCAGCGCGCUCUUAGCAAGAAGUUCAAGGAUCACUUCUCCCAGGCUCAGCUGUUCUACAACUCUCUUUCCGAGAUUGAGAAGGCUCACGUCCAGGCUGCGUUCUCUUUCGAGCUGGAUCACUGCGACGAGGCUAUUGUGUACGAGCGCUUGACGGAGCGCCUGGGUGUGGUUGAUGGCGAGCUCGCAAACACUAUCGCCGAAAUGGUCGGCGGCAAGAAGCCUAUCGAAGCUAAGCCUAACCCAGGAAAGAAGGCCAAGAACCUGAGCCAGCUUGACUUCCUUCCCAAGACUCCAACUAUCAAGUCUCGCCGUAUUGCCAUCAUCAUCGCUGAUGGCUACGACCCUAUUGCCUUCAACGCCGUGUACGGCGCAAUCAAGGCUCAGAGCGCCCUUCCCUUCGUUAUCGGGCCUCGACGCUCCGCCAUCUUUUCUGCUAACGAGGAUUCAUCCUCCUCCAAGGGUAUUGUCCCUGACCACCACCUCGAGGGCCAGCGAAGCACCAUGUUUGACGCUAUUUUUGUGCCUGGCGGUGAGAAGUCUAUCCAGACACUUUCCAAGAAUGGCCGAGCUCUACAUUACAUUCGCGAGGCUUUCGGUCACUUGAAGGCCAUUGGUGGUACUGGUGAGGCCGUUGACCUGAUCAACAAGGCUAUCCAGCUUCCUGAGAUCUCACUCUCUGAGACAGACGGUAGCGGUGUUGUCGACAGCUAUGGCGUCGUUACUCUGAAGAAUGCUUCACCUGACAGCCUCAAGGAGAUUAUCACCGUUGCUUCUGAUGCCAAGGGCUUCCUGGAGAAGUUCGUAUUCAACAUCAGCCAACACCGUAACUGGCAGCGAGAGCUGGAUGGAUUGAGCACCAUGGUGGCAUACUAA